CACAGGUAGACAGAGAAAGCUGGGGUGGUGCUUUGAAGAGGAAGAGGAAGAUGGCAUUGUUUGUCAAGUUCAACAAUCACAAGCAAAGCAAUCUCAUCAUCCCUCUGCAGAUUACUGUACAUUAAAAGCUGCUUUCUCUUGUGUCUUCUCUCGUCUUGUUGCUAUUUCCAACCUCUGCCUCUCUCGUCCCUUUCCUCGCUCUCCUACCGCGCUCUCUCUCUCUCUCUCUCUCUCCCCCCCCCCUCCUGGAUGUUCAUGUCCUGACCACGCCGCUCUACGCGCUUCUUCAAGGUCUCUGACAAUUGGUUGGUUUCAAGGCGAUUAGGAAGACUGUCUUUGGAGCAUGUAUAGGGCCAAGAGAGCUGCUUCACUUAAGGUGAAGCGCCGCGUUGGCAAGUAUGAGCUUGGCCGCACUAUUGGGGAAGGAACAUUUGCAAAGGUCCGGAUUGCAAAGAACAUGGAAACUGGGGAUCAUGUAGCUAUCAAGAUCAUUGACAAGGCAAAGGUUCAGAAGCACAAAUUGGUUGAACAGAUUAAGAGGGAAAUCUGCACAAUGAAAUUAAUACAGCAUCCCAAUGUUGUCCGACUGUAUGAGGUGAUGGGAAGUAAAAGGAGGAUCUACAUUGUUCUGGAAUUUGUUAUGGGUGGAGAGCUCCAUGAUAUCGUUGCCACAAGUGGAAGAUUGAAGGAGGACGAAGCACGCAGAUAUUUUCAGCAGCUGAUAAAUGCAGUAGAUUAUUGUCAUAGUAGGGGUGUAUACCACAGAGACUUGAAGCUAGAGAACCUGUUGCUUGAUAUUGCUGGAAACAUAAAAAUUUCAGAUUUCGGGUUAAGUGCUAUAUCUGACCAAGUGAAGAACGAUGGACUACUGCAUACUACAUGUGGAACACCUAACUAUGUUGCUCCAGAGGUUAUUGAUGACAAAGGCUAUGAUGGUGCCAUUGCAGACCUUUGGUCUUGUGGGGUAAUCCUGUUUGUGCUGCUUGCAGGACAUCUGCCUUUCGAGGAUGACAACAUUGCAUCCCUUUAUAACAAGAUCUCAGGAGCUCAGUUUACAUGUCCUUUUUGGUUUUCUGCUGGAGCCAAGAGGCUGGUCACCAGAAUUCUGGAUCCUAAUCCUUCAACUCGGAUUACGGUUCCUCAAGUACAAAAGGAUCCAUGGUUCAAAAAGGGCUACAAGCCACCUGUUUUCAAUGAGAAAUGUCAAGCUACUCUAGAUGAUGUUCAUGCUGCUUUUGGAGACUCAGAGGAACUUGUAACAGAGGAAAUGGAAGGGCAACCAACCUCGAUGAAUGCAUUCGAAUUGAUUUCAAUGAGCAAGGGGCUGAAUCUGGAGAAUUUCUUUGAAUCUGACAAGAAGUACAAGCGAGAAACAAGAUUUGCAUCGGAAUGUCCUCCAAAAGAAAUCAUCAACAGAAUAGAAGAAGCUGCUAAGCCACUUGGAUUCGAUAUCCAAAAGAAAAACUACAAGAUGCUAAUGGAGAACCCAAAAGCAGGAAGAAAAGGAAAUCUAAAUGUCGCCACUGAGGUUUUCCAAGUGGCUCCAUCCCUGCAUGUGGUUGAGCUGAAGAAGGCAAAGGGAGAUACACUGGAGUUUCAAAAUUUCUACAGAACUCUGUCCAUGGAGCUGAAGGAUGUUGUUUGGGUAUGUGAUGAUCAAGUCAAAGAUGGAACCUCCUCGCCAUGAAGCGGUUGCAGACUUUCAACCUUACAGAACUUAGUGUGGGUGGGUGGGGGGCAAAACGAGAAACUUAUUUCCCCUGUACAUAGCUCCCUUGUUACAAAGAAGUUUGAUGCCUAAUGUACAUAUAGGCUUCGACUGCAAAGGCAGCUUAAGGUUUUGGAUGAAUGAAGAGGUAGAUGAAGCGUAGGUCAGAGGGUUGGUUGUUCUUGUAGUGAAACACUGACAUGUUAUUCAGCUAUUCAUAUUCAUUUGUUCAAUUUUCUCUGAAACUUUCUGGAAUGAUGGAGAUGAAUGUUUGUUA